UCUUUACGUGGUCUGUUUACACUUGGUUUUAUGGACAUUUUAAUGCAUUUACCGGAGAUUGAGUCUUGCUCCACCCAUUCCGUUUACUCCUCCAAAGUGAUUUCAAGUGCAUUUUUGAAAAAUACUGGCAUGACAUAGUAAUGCAAGCUCUUGGCGAGUCAAUGAAAACUGUUCAGUGAGUGGUGUCUGUCACUUAGAAUACUAUUUCAAAACAGUAAGAUUCAAUGAAAACUGUUUGAAAUAAGAUUAAUUUAUUUUGAAACAUGUGCAGCAUGUUAUGAGUAACGUUAUUGUUCGUCGCUUUUCAUUCAAUACAAACCAGUUGUGCUGACACGGGCGUCAUGAUGGCUGGCGUCGCCACGCCGCGGAGUCUUCUCCAGAGCCGUCUCCAGAGCCCCGCCUGCCCGGAGGUGGCGAGUGGGUGGCAAGGCUGCCUGGGACAAAACUGAGCGUCUGCACCGGCCUCUGGCCGCCUGUGGCGGUGUUGCGUCCGUCGAGCAGGCACCAUGGCGGCGCAGAUGGCUUCGUUCACCGACUUCGAGGAGGGCAUGAUCGCGUUCGACCAGGACGACCCGGACUUCAACGGCAACGCGCCCACCCGGAACCUCAGCUGCAACCUCAACAACAGCUACAUCGUGGCGCCAGCGACGUGCCGCUCGUACACCAACGUCGGCGCGGCCAUGGGAACCCUUCUCGUGUCAUCUCCAAUGUCAAUUGCAAGAGUCGAGACGAUGAGGAUGCUGAACAAGAGCCAGAGCUUGAGCCUAAGCAGCAUCAGCUCCCUUGAUGAUGCCCACAUUUCAUUCUCUGUCGCAAAUUCUGCAAAUUCCACGGCAUCUGCUCAGGAGCCUGUGGUUUCCAUUGAAGAAUUACGUCUCCAGCUAAACUCAUGUUUUACAUGUGGUGUCAGCUGGCAUGAGGAUCAUGUUUCCUUGGACUGCCAAGAAUGUGGAGGAUAUUCUUUGGAGAGACCAUGCCCUUGCUGUGAUGGACGUUGCAAGAGUACCUGGAAACGUGAUUUAACUAUGUCACAUGCCUCUGGCAAAGCUAGGUGGGAAGGCAAGUGUCUCCUCUCCACGUCCACCCAAAUGCUGAAGACGCUGGUUACAGAAGACGAGUCACAUCUCUGCUCCAGAUUGGAGAAACUUACUGCUAGCUCAUGACAACCUGUAGUCUUUGCUAAAAAUUAGACUGAGUGUGUAUGUAACGAUUGAUUGUGUGUAUGAUUGUGAUUGAGUGUGUUUUGUUUACAUGAGUGUCUGUGUGGUGUGUGUGUGUGUGUGUGUGUGUGUGUGAGAGAGAGUGUGAGUGUGUGUGUGUGUGUAGUGUAGUAUAAUUGGGUUAAUCAGAAGAAAUAAGUAGAGUAAGCAAAACAUACAGAGGGUAUUAUACGAGGCUUGUGCUUGUGCUUUAAUGUUCAAAUCAUGUAAAUCAAAUCUAAACUAAAGAAUUGAUUUAAAAAAAUUAUUUGUAUGAAGACUGCAUCUUACUUGCUCUUGUGCUGCAAACUUAAGUUUACUUUACUUUACCAAAAGUAAUUGUUUAUCAGGGUAUUAUCACUCAUAAUUAAUCAACAUGAGCGUUCCAUGUCACUCAGUUUUAAAUGUAACUCAUGGAGAAGAAACUGAUUGGACAGGUUUGGCUACAUGUUGUAUGGAAGUAUUGAUUGCAAUUUCUGCACUUCAUGUUAAAUUUGUGUUGGGUUAGUGUUUCAAUACUGGAGUCCUACUUUCAAUUGCAUGAAUUACCUCCUUAUUACAGAAAUCAACCUCCUAAUUGUGCCCCUCUGUAUGUUUUCUUUAAUUAGCUAUUGUUGUGGAAGAAAUGUGAACUAAUGAAGCCCUGGUAGAAAUUUCAUACUUUAUUCCAGUAGCUUUCAAAGUCACCUCCCCACCAUUUAAAAUAAAAGAAUAGAAUAUGAAACAAAAGAUCCUUCAAAUUUAGUAGAGAUAGUGUUACAAUGUAUGUUCAAGUGUACCUGUGUUCAAAGUAGUGGGGAGGAAUCUGAGAACUUGAUUUUAGGAUCUAAUAAUUUAUUACUUUUAAUUGUCACCGUUAGAUAUUGGUACAUAAUUUUGUUAAGAUAAAGACAUCAUUACAUUCUUACUGUGACUUUCAAUAAAUGUGUAGACUAAAAGAACAGUCCAGGAUGUGGAUUGGCUGAAAUCUUUGCUGCUCACAAAUAAUGAAAGUUUGAAGUUGUAUCAUUAUCAUUCAACUAAGGUGUGCUACUUAACUGUACUUAAAAGUCAUUAUGUGUGAUUGCUGUUAGUCAGCUGACUAUAAAUAUUGUGAUAAAAAUUGGAGGAAAAGUUACCUCUUUUGUUGUUUGUAUUUAAGGAAUCCACAUUAAAUUUCCAUCAUAGAUUCCAAAUAAUUCUCCUGACAACACCUCAAGAAUUUGUGAGUCACUCAAACUGACUAAUAUAUUUGUCUUGUAGCAUAAUUUUCUUUUUUAAAUAAUAAUAAAACAUUGAUUAUGCAA